GAUCGAGAGGAGUACGCCGAGUGUGAUGUCAGCGAGCUGACGGGGAAAGAUGACAGGGAAUAAAAGAUGGCUCCUGGUGCCUCUGCUUCUGCUGCUCAACGCUCGCCAGUCAAGUGAAGCCAUCAGAAUUCCUCCCAGAUUGAAAAAGCCUCCGAUAAUAACAGAUCAGACUCCUGAGAGCUACACUGUCUUUCCAACUGAUGACAUUGUUCUGAAAUGUGAAGCAACAGGAGUACCUGCCCCUGAGUUCCGCUGGACCAAGGACGGGCGGGUUUAUGACCCAUCGCUGGAUCCCCGGGCAUCCAUGAACAGGACCUCGGGCACCAUUGUGAUCGCCACCACAGGCAAUGGUGUCUCCAUCAGGGGAUACCGGGGCACUUAUCGCUGUUACAGCAGUAACGAGUAUGGGACAGCAAUCUCCUCCAACAUUCACCUGGUCACAGAAAGCACCCCGAAGUGGCCGAAGGAGAGUGUCCGUAAGUUCGAGAAGGAAGAAGGCGAGUCCCUGGUUUUGCAGUGUAACCCUCCGACCAGCAUGGCUUCGUCCAUGAUCAUCUGGAUGACGAGCAAGCUGUUCAACAUCAAGCUGAGUGAGAGGGUGUCGCAGGGAAUGAAUGGGAACCUCUACUUCUCCAACCUGCUGGUGGAGGAUAGCCUGGAAGAUUACACCUGCUACGCCCAGAUCCCAGGAACCAGGACCAUCAUCCAGAAAGAACCCAUCGCCCUCCAAGUGACCACCUCGAACUUGUUGAAGCACAUUAAGCCUAGACUGCUGCACCCGACUGGACAGAGCAGCUCCAGACUGGCAUUGCGAGGCAGGGCCCUGUACCUGGAAUGUAUCGCAGAGGGGCUCCCAACUCCUACAGUACACUGGGAACGGUUGGACGGGAACUUCCCUCCAGAGAGGAUCAGCUACGAAAGCUUCAACAAGACUCUGAAGAUCAGUGAUGUGACUGAGGAUGAUGAUGGCGAGUAUCGGUGUACAGUGAAGAACAGUCAGGGCCAAGUGAAACACACCUACAGUGUGUCUGUCGAGGCUGCUCCUUACUGGGUUAAGAAGCCGCAGGAUGGGAUAUACAGCCCAGGAGAGACCGUGCGCCUGGAUUGUGACAUUGAUGCAAAGCCAAAAGCAGAAAUUCGCUGGAAAGUGAACGGGGUGUUGCUGAGCGAAACUGACUCGAAUCCUUCCAGGAGGGAGAUUGGGAGCAGCAUUGUCCUGACCUCUGUACAGAAAGAGGACACAGCAAUCUACCAGUGUGAGGCCCACAAUAAGCACGGCACCCUGCUCGCAAACAUCAUCGUACAGGUGAUCGAGUUACCUGCGCAGAUCCUGACUCCUCCGGACAAGGAGUAUGCCAUAGUGGAGAGACAGACUGCGUUCCUCUAUUGCAGAGCCUUUGGUUCUCCAACCCCGACAAUCCAGUGGACCAAGGAAGACGUCGAGGCUGUUUUAGAGGACAGGAGAUACUUCCUGAACACUAGCGGGACACUGAGAAUUGAAGAUGCCCUGAAGACAGACGGAGGCAUAUUUACCUGUAAUGCCUCAAACAGGAUUGGCACAGACAGUAUAAGAGCCACCCUGAUCAUUAAAAAUGCCAGCCGGAUUAUUGAGGCUCCGAGGGACCAGCGCGUCGAGAGGCAGCACCCGGUAACGUUCCACUGUGUGGUGGAGGUCGACCUCUCUCUGCAGCAGUCCGCCGAUGUCCACUGGAAGAAGGAUGGGGAGCCCAUCGAUGAGGCAGACGACGACGACAGCAAGUAUCACAUCGCGGACACAGAGCUGAAAAUCCAAAGUGUCGGCUACGAAGACGAGGGGAUGUACAUGUGCGUGGCGGAGACGGAGCUGGACACGGUGAUGGGCAGCGCACAGCUCACCGUGCUGGAUCGCCCGGAACCACCUUUUGAUUUGGAAGUGUUUUGGAAUCAGGAGAGGGAGGUGAACCUGACCUGGAGCUCUGGAGACGACCACAACAGUCCUAUAAAUGAGUCCAUCAUCGAGUUUGAGGAGAACAUAUUCGACCCUGGGACCUGGCACGUGAUGCGACGGGUCCCUGGUGACCAGCAGCUGGUCGCGUUGCAGCUCUCGCCCUACGUCAGCUACAGUUUCCGGGUCAUUUCCGUCAACCAGCUGGGGCACAGUCUCCCCAGCCUGGCCACCAAGCACUUUGUGACCCCAUCGGCAGCCCCAGAGAAGAACCCAAGAGGAGUGAAAGGUGAAGGAUCGCAGCCCAACAAUAUGGUCAUCUCGUGGCAGGUCCUGAAACCACUGGACUGGAAUGGCCCCAACCUCCAGUACGUUGUGAAGUGGAGGCGACAGAGCGACAGGAGUGAGUGGAAGGAACUGGUGGUGCAGAGCUCUCCUUAUCUCGUCAACUCUACCCCCACCUUUGUACCCUACGAAAUCCAGGUCCAAGCCUUUAACCAAGAAGGUUCAGGUCCAGAACCCAAGACGGUCAUCGGUUACUCAGGAGAAGACUACCCCUUGUCCAGCCCAGAGAUUGUCAGCGUGGUCAACACCAACAGUACAUCGGUCAGAGUAACGUGGACCCCUGUCUCUGACCAGUCACUCCGGGGGCACCUGAGAGGGUACAACAUCAGUUACUGGAAGCAGCCUGGCGUGGAACGACACCACCGGAUUGUCCGCGGUAACCACACUGACACCCUGCUCGGGGGCCUCGAGCCCUACACCACCUACAACCUGGCGAUGACAGUGUUUAACGGCAAGGGCGAAUCCGACGUCACCCACCCUCCCCGGCAAUUCAGAACCCCCGAGGGAGUUCCCAGCCAGCCAGCCAUGCUGCGCCUUGAACUGCUGAAGGACACUGAGGUAACUGCGUCCUGGAGUCGCCCUCACAAGCCCAAUGGGAUCCUCAUAGGAUACGUGCUGCAGUACCAGCAGAUCAAUGGGACAGAGGGUGGGCCCCUGAGGGAGCUGAACAUAUCGUCACCCGGCACCACCUCGUUCACCGUGCACAGUCUCCAGCCUCAGUCCAUCUACAAGUUCCACGUGAUGGGCCUGACGUUGGCGGGUCGAGGCAGAGCUCUGGCCAGGGAGAUAUUCACAAGCCGGGAAGGAGAGCCCAAGGUGGUGAAGAAUAUCAGCUAUGUGGCAGGUGACAUGCACGCCAACAUCAGCUGGAUAGGACUGGAGGGACACCGGGUCACCGAGCUGCUCAUCCAGUACGCCAACAAAGAUGGCGCAGGUGACUGGAAAUACUCCAGACCAGUGAACUCGAGCCAGAACUUCUUCAUGCUGGAUGGUCUGCAGCCUGGAACAAUGUACCGAGUACAACUAUGGCAGCUCGGGCGCUUCAAAAACAUCAGCAUUUGGGAGAAGGAAGUCGAGACAAAUGGACCAGCAUCGACAGCUUUCACCGAGACUAACAAUGGAAUCGCCAGCCAGGGCUGGUUCAUCGGUUUAAUCAGCGCCAUCGUCCUCCUCAUUCUCAUCCUCCUCAUUGUCUGCUUCAUCAAGAGAAACAAAGGAGGCAAGUACUCAGUGAAGGACAAGGAAGAUGCCCACGUGGACUCAGAAGCUCGGCCCAUGAAGGACGAAACCUUCGGUGAAUACAGGUCACUGGAGAGCGACAACGACCAGGAGGAAAAGCCUUUCGAAGGGAGCCAGCCCUCGCUGGACGCGCAGAUCAAGCCCCUGGGCAGUGACGACAGUCUGGUGGAAUACGGAGGGAGCGUGGACGUCCAGUUCAACGAGGAUGGCUCAUUCAUCGGGCAGUAUAGCGGCAAGAAGGAGGAUAAAGAGGCAGGAGGGGCCAAUGGAAGUUCUGGAGGAAACUCGCCUGUCAAUGUGGACAUCACGCUGGAUUAGGGUGCGGAGGCCACUCAGGGCCCCUGUGACUGACGCUUGACACUAUGAAACCAAUCUGCGUCAACAUCUGUGGGUGCUACGUAUAAAUAUGUAUUUGCCAAAUUUCCUUCUGUCCUCUUGUCCCCUUUACCCUUUUUUGUCUUCUACUCUCGUCGGUCACUUUUCACACUGCAAGGAAACUAAGACACGGUUCAAAAUAUUCGAGACAAACCUGACCUCUGAUGCUGGGUGUCACAAAAUGGGGCUGGGUGUUGCGGUGUCAAAACGUUGAGCCAAGCUCUGGGCUCGCACACUGCCCGCUUCAACAAGGUUUCCCCUCUCUUGCUGCUCGAUGUCAAGGCUCCUGUGGGAGUUGAAAUCAAUCAGUUCGGACGGCACAGAACCUUCCCCCCCACCCGCCACUCAACAAGAUAUUCAUCUGACCCACAGCCUGGAGAUGAGCAAUUCACUGAUGAGACCGUGCUCCUCCACAUAGAUUCAAUCAGUACUGGAGUUACAGCGUAGAGGGAGCUUUACUCUGUAUCUAACCCCGUGCUGUACCUGUCCUGGGAGUGUUUGAUGGGGACAGUGU